CGCCAUCGCCAUCACUUUCGCCUGAUCGCCUUCGUCCUCCGGGGCUAGCUAGCUCUUGGGGCAAAAUGGCGUUCCCCCUGACCGUGAUAGUGCCCAACUACGUGCCCGACGAGCGGAGCUUCCAAGACCACACCCGCCGGGACAGCACUAGACGUGGGUUCUUCGACAGGGUGCGGCCGGAGCGGGACGCUGCCGCCCAGGACGUGAGGGCUGGCGGCUGCUUCUCUUGCUUUGACCCGGCGUCGAGCGAGGCCAUAGCUGGCCUGCGCGUGCCGGUGGCCGGCGAGACGAGGGAGGAGUGCUGCGCAGUGUGCCUUGAGGACUUCGAGGAGGAAGGCGGCGACGUCCACCUCAGGACAAUGCCCUGCUCGCACUCCUUCCACGAGGGCUGCAUCUUCCGGUGGCUCCGGGUCAGCCGGGUAUGUCCCUGCUGCCGCUUCCCGCUGCCCUCCGCCGACGAGGAGUGCCUCCAGGACUAGCCGGCGCCGGCCGGAGCUGGAGAUAGAACCAACUGACGAAUGAUUCAUUGAUCCUCUGCUAUCGUUUGUUUGUUUGUUCUACUGUGUAAUUCUAGUCAUGCUGUUCUGAAUUCCCUGUCGAUUUUAUCUGACGAACGACGAUGUAAUGCUCUGCUUGGACUGGUUCAGUUCAGCGAUAUGAUGCGGUUUAUUAAGAA